UGAUGUCAAAAUGGCGACAGUCAUAUGACUAUUACAAUAUGGCGGCAUUGUGUAUAGUUUACUAUAGUAUGUUCAGUUCAACGCACUGAAAAAUGUGCAAGCAUAAAUGUGACGUGUUUGUUUUGAUGCUUUGUGUAACGACGUGAUAAUAAAACUAUACAAUGAGUGUCACACUUCAUACAGAUGUUGGUGAUAUUAAAAUUGAGUUGUUUUGUGAAUUAUGUCCCAAAACAUGCGAGAAUUUCCUAGCAUUAUGUGCCAAAGGUUAUUACGAUGGCUGUCUUUUUCAUCGAAACAUUAAAGGGUUUAUCGUACAAACCGGUGACCCAACACAGACAGGAAAAGGUGGAACAUCGAUAUGGAAUCGAAAAUUUGAAGAUGAAUUCAAAGAAGAACUUAAACAUAAUCAACGAGGUCUAGUGUCAAUGGCAAACAAUGGCCCUAAUACCAAUGGUAGUCAAUUCUUCAUUACAUAUGCUGCUCAACCACAUUUAGAUUUAAAGUACACUCUCUUCGGAAAAGUCAUAGAUGGAUUAGAUACGCUAGAACGAUUGGAAAAGUUGCCUGUAAAGCCUAAAAACUAUAAACCAUUGACUGAAACAAAAAUCAAUAGCGUAACGAUACAUGCAAAUCCUCUUGUAGGAUAAAUAAAUAAAUGUUAUUUUUAAAUGAUGUACAUAACAUGGAUUGAUAGAUAAUAAUGUGAUUAAAAAUUGAUAUCAUGAAAAAUGAAUGUACAAGUCUUUUAUUUUCUGGAUCAAAUGGGCUGUGUACGUAAGCUUUAGCUGGAUAUCUUUUUCCCAUUACUUCAAUUUCAUAAUUACCUGAUUCUAUAAAAGAAUUCGUUAUAUAAUCUCCAUUUGGAUUUUGAAU